AUGGAGCCCGGCGGCCCCGAAGAGCCCCCGCGUCUCCUGCAGCUACUGCGGAAACUCAAGGAGGUCUUUGAUGUGUGUGACGAAGACGCUGACGGCUUCAUCCGGGUGGAACACUUCGUGGCCCUCGGGCUGCAGUUUGGCCAGGGGGAUGAGGUGGAACGAUUUGCCAAAUGCUUGGAUCCAAAUGAUCUGGGCAAGAUCAGCUUCAAAGAUUUCUGCCAUGGAGUAUUUGCCAUCAAAGGCUGCGAAGAAUUACUGAAAGAUGCUUUAUCUGUUGAAAGUCUUGGGCUUCGGCACUAUGAGACGGAAUAUGUGGAUUACUACUAUCAGGGCACUGAAACUCCAGAGAGUAACUACGGGGACCGUGAAAGUGGCUUCAGCGAAUCAGAUCUCUUUCCAGAUGAAGACACCAUGACCCUGGCCCAGCAGGAAGUCCACCAUGAGUCUGAUAUGGACAGUGCCAUUGAAAGCAACCACAGUACAGAAGCGUCUGUUGUGUGCAAGGUUGAGAAGGAUGAUGUGUUGAAUGGCCUCUUCCUGCCUGGAAAUAAGUGAGUACAAAUACCAUUGGAAAAGCUAUUGUUUUUUUUAAAAAAAAAUACUUCUAAAAAGCCUU